AUGAUGGGUGGGGGGCGAAGAUCGCAGCUGAUGUGGCUGCUGCUGUUGCUGGUCGCGGCGUCGCAAUGGAGCUCAAGAGUUCACGCAAAGACCGUCAUGGGAGAUGUGUCAGCGCUACAAGUGUUCAAGCUCUCCGUGAGCAACGCAACGGCUCUGGCGGACUGGCAGGGAUUCGAGCCGUGCAAGCAGGAGUGGUUCGGCGUGAAUUGCGGGGAGUCGACGCGGUCGAAGCACCGAUGGGCCAUUGUCGCGAUAGAGCUGCCGAACUGCGAUCUGGGAGGGGAGAUUCCCGAGGCCAUCGGCGACCUGGUGGAGCUCACGAAACUCGAUUUACGGAACAACAACUUCACGGGGCUGCUCCCCGUGUCGCUCAGCCGCCUUACCGCGUUAGAGUCACUCGACGUCUCGGGAAACUCGUUCGAGGUCGCACCUUCCACGAACCUUACCGCCGGCGCGCCUCCCCCGCUGACGUCAGACCCCAUCUCUAUUAUACCGGAGCCAGACGCACCGGGCCCGGAAAUCCCGGGCGUCGCGCUGUACGUGGGCAUAGCGGCCGGCGUGGUCGUCGCGAUCCUGUUCGGCGUCGCGCUCGUGCUGCUCUACAUCUACCUGCGCCGGCGCCGCGCGGAGGAGAAUAAGGACUUCGCGCCGAUUAAAGACGUCGCGACGGGCGCGGACGGACGGGACGGGGAUUACGGGGCAGCCGGCGCGGCCGCCGCGGCGGGAUAUGCGGCGGGGAAGAAGGGAGGUGGUGGGAAGGGAGUGUUUGGAAGGAUAUGGAAAGGAACUGGGAAGGCACAGCAACUGCUUAUCAGCAACAAGCUAACGCCCCCGCCGCUCCGCCCGCCGCGUUUCCCGCUCACGGCCGUGCCGCGAAUCUCCUUCCCCCUCCCUUCCUCCCCUCUUGUCUCCCCACCCCAUCACUACAGGCACAGCAACUGCUUACAGCAACAAGCUAACGCCCCCGCCGCUCCGCCCGCCGCGUUUCCCGCUCAUGACCGUGGCGCGAAUCUCCUUCCCCCUCCCUUCCUCCCCUCUUGUCUCCCCACCCCAUCACUACAGGCACAGCGACUGCUUUUCAGCAACAAGCUCACUCCCCCGCCGCUCCGCCCGCCGCGCACAGCGACUGCUUUUCAGCAACAAGCUCACUCCCCCGUCGCUCCGCCCGCCGCGUUUCCCGCUCACAACCGUGGCGCGAAUCUCCUUCCCCCGCACGACCCCUCCGCGAUGAUUCCGCACAGCGGCGCGUCGAAUCACAGCGGUUGGGGCGCCGCGAUCAGCGCCGUGGGUAGCGGCGUGAACAGCGCCGCGCAUAGCGCCGCGCAUAGCGGCGUGCAUGGCGUUAAUGUGGAACAUGUGGAGGGCGGCGGCGCGGUCUCCCCGUACGCGCCAGCCUCGGCGUACGCGUCGGCUGCCGAGCCUGGCAGCAACAUGUCGAGCCAGUUCCCGAGCCGCACUCCGAGCCAGACGCCGAGCCAGCCGCCGAGCCACGUGGCAGGCCCGGGGCUAGCAGCGGCUAUAGCCGCGGGAACAGGGAUUGGCCUGGACGGGGGCGCAGGAGGCGCGGGCGGCGGAAUCGGCGGAGCGGAAGGGGGAAGCGGGCGAGGGGGAGGGGGCGCGGCUCAUAGUAGCAAUAGUAGCGUGCAGACGCCUGGGGUUUCUGUGGGAUCUCUUGAGUCGGGGCGCAAUAUGGGAGAGUAUAGGAUGAUGCUGCCGGGUCGCAGCCUGAGCAACACGGUUAUGGAGCUGACGUUUGAAGACGUGCUGGGAGCGACAGACAACCUGGCAGAGGCGAACGUGAUUGGGUCGGGCGGGUUUGGGCGCGUGUACUGCGGCAGGCUGGCGGGGGCAAGUGUUGCGGUGAAGGUGCUGGAAGCGGGGAGCAGUCAGGGCGACCGGGAAUUCCAAUCAGAGGUGGAGCUGCUGAGUCGACUCAGGUCGCCCCAUCUGGUGCAUCUGGUGGGGUACUGCAUUGCCGGUGGUAACAGAGUGUUGGUGUAUAACCUCAUGGCGAAUGGGAGUCUGAGCGACUUGCUGCAUAAUAACAGCAGCGAUGGAUCCUUCCUGCAGCGGUUUGGCAGGGAGCGGCCACAUGUGGAGUGGCAGCAGCGCAUGCAGAUUGCUCUGGGCGCUGCCAGGGGGCUCAUGUUCCUGCACCACGCUGCUAACCCGGCUGUCAUUCACCGCGACUUCAAAAGCAGCAACGUGCUGGUCGACCACGAUUUCCAUGCGCGCAUUGCUGAUUUCGGGUUGGCGCGGGACGGGCCCAGUGGGGAGAAGCGGUGGGUGUCGACGCGAGUUCUGGGCACCACAGGUUACCUGUCGCCAGAAUACGUCACAACCGGCAGACUAACACCAAAGUCGGACGUGUACUCGUUCGGCAUCGUGCUGCUGGAGCUGCUGACAGGGCUUGUCCCCAUCGACCACGACAGACCACCGAAUAGGGUUUCCCUGACGUCAUGGGCGCUGCCGCUGCUGACGCAACGAGACAGGCUGGGAGAGCUGCUGGACCCGGCCCUUGAUGGCACUGUUCCUCUGCACGAGUUCAUGCAGGCUGCCUCUGUAGCGGCAGUGUGCCUGCAGGCAGACCCAGACUACAGGCCUCACAUGGACGAUGUUGUUCAGUCGCUCAUGCCGCUCUGCAAGGCCGCCAUCUCUCCCUACGCCUCUCCCGCCCAAUCAAACCACUCCUCCUUGAGAUGA